GUUAACAUUGUUUGUUUGAGGCGCUUGGUUUUUGCAAACCCUGUUCUUUUGUUUUGACAAAGAAAGGAUCCGAGUUUUUUUUUUCCUUCAAAUCACAGUCACCUUGUGGGAUACUUUCCUUUCUGUUUUGGAGAUGGCUCCACAUAAGCAUGGGUCUUCUGGUGGAAGUCACGUUGGAUCGGGUUCAGUGGGUUAUGGUUCUGGGGGGAAAGCCAAUGGUGGGGUGUACCAGUCCUCUGUUGCAAUGGCUGCAGCCAAGAAGCCCAGUAUGGAAAUGAUUCAAGCCGACCACGAACUGUUCUUACAGGCUUUCGAGAAACCAACCCAAAUCUACAGAUUCCUUCGCACCAGGAACUUAAUAGCUCCUAUAUUCUUGCACAGGACACUCACCUACAUGUCCCACAGAAACUCACGAAAUAAUGCCAAAAGGAAAACUGCCAAGGUUGAUGACCUGCUGUUCAGAGUAGAAAAAAUGAGGGGCGAUCAGGAGACUCGUAGCUUGGCUUCUCAUCUUCAGCUUACCUUCACCGGCUUCUUUCAUAAAGUUGGCAAGCCAUCGCAAGACUGUGAGAAUGAACAAAACUCUGUGUCUUUGGAAGUUCUGCUGGUCAAAGUCUGCCACAAGAAGAGGAAGGAUGUGACCUGUCCUGUGAAGCAGGUGCCUGCUGGAAAAAAACAGGUACCUCUGAACCCAGACACCAGCGCUAGUGGCCAGGCCAAACCAGGCUCCUUCCCCUCCCUGCUGGUUCCCAGCAGUGAGUUUGAGCCCAGCAACUCUCACAUGGUCAAAUCCUACUCACUUCUCUUCAGAGUGUCCAGGCUGGGUACCAGCUGUACUUCCAGCCCAGGAAAUGCCCGCAUGCAACUCAAUGGUCUGGCCAACGGAGAGAUGCAUCACAACAGAGACGUUACAGAGGAAGCGGCAAACCGGAAGAGGAGGAGCUCAUCACUGAGAGAGGAGGGAGAAACCACGUUUGUGGCUCAAAUGACUGUCUUUGAUAAGAACAGACGUUUACAGCUGUUAGAUGGAGAGUAUGAGGUCUCCAUGCAGGAGAUGGAGGAAUGUCCCAUCAGCAAGAACAGAGCAACCUGGGAGACCAUCCUGGAUGGAAAGCGUUUGCCACCGUUUGAGAGUUUCUCACAGGGUCCGACACUGCAGUUCACAUUACGUUGGACAGGCGAAGGCUCGGGCCACUCCACUGCCCCUGUGGCCAAACCCCUGGCCACCCGCAACUCUGACACCAGCUCACCUGCUGCUAACAACCAGGACACCCGGCCCAGCUCUGUCAGAGCCACACACACACUAGUGAAAGAGUCCAUCAGUAAUCAUGUACAGACCAGAAAGGAGCACAUCUCAAUGGAAUCUCGUCAGAAACUACGCAUUUUCUACCAGUUUCAGUACAACAACAACACAAGACAGCAGACGGAGGCCAGAGAUGACCUUCACUGUCCCUGGUGCACCCUCAAUUGUAGGAAGCUCUACAGCCUGCUCAAACACUUGAAACUCUCCCACUCUCGCUUCAUUUUCAACUACGUGCCUCACCCUAAAGGGGCGAAGAUAGAGGUGUCCAUAAACGAGUGUUACGAUGGUUCAUAUGUGGGCAACCCUCAGGACAUCCACAACCAGCCAGGCUUUGCUUUUAGCAGGAAUGGCCCAGUCAAGAGGACCGCAGUCACUCACAUCUUGGUCUGCAGGCCCAAGAGAACUAAAUCCAGCCUGUCUGAGUUUCUGGAGUCUGAGGAUGUAGAUCCUGAGCAGCAGAGGACUUACAUCAGUGGCCACAACCGCCUCUAUUUCCACAGUGACAGCUGCGUGCCUCUCCGGCCCCAGGAGAUGGAUGUGGACAGCGAGGAUGAGAGAGAUCCAGACUGGCUCAAGGAGAAGACUGUCAUGCAAAUCGAGGAGUUCACAGAUGUCAAUGAGGGGGAGAAGGAGAUCAUGAAGCUUUGGAACCUCCAUGUAAUGAAGUAUGGCUUCAUAGCAGACAACCAGAUGAAACAGGCGUGCAUGCUGUUCGUGGAGCAACGUGGCGCCCACAUAAUCCAGUACAACCUGUGUCGAAACUUCCUGCUGCACCUCAUCAGCAUGCACGACUUCAACCUUGUGAGCACAUUGACCAUCAACCAGGUCAUGGCCCGACUACGCCUCAUGCAAAACAAGAUGCAGGCUGUGCAGGGAGGGGAGGAAGAGGAAGAGGACUGGGAGAUGGCUGUAGAGUCCCAGCCAGACCUGGAUCCAGAUCCUGAUCCCGAUCCAUCGAAACACACCCCCUUUUGCUGCACAAUGAGUAAAGACUGGUUGGAAAAUGUCCAACAGAAGGAGGAGUUGGAUGGUGGAGGUGGUGUGAUGCCAGAGAGGCUAAGUAAGAGGCAGAAUCUCUGAGCCUUCUGCUUGUCAUCAGAGACUCUUGCUAGCUGGUGGACUCCAGGAAGCAGAGAAGGCAGGUUUGGCAUCAGGAAUCUUAACAAGCCAAGGUUGGAGAGCUCACUAGUGAGCAGCGCUUUGGAGGUUACAUGUCAGAAUAAAAGAUGUACAACUUGAAAAUUAAACGUACCAUUGCAGUGUGUGCGGAUCUCUUUAUGAAUAAGGUUGCUUACUUUCUCACUUGAUGUCAGAUAAAAAGGAUCUCAACUCCCAUCAGAUCCAAUGAAGAAAUUUCACUUCCAGAUGAACUCUCAUGACCUUGUUAGCAACAUACUGGAGCACUUGCUUGAGGACUUGCGUAUUCUAUUUUAAACGUUUCUCUGCUGUGUAUAUACACUAGAGGCUUGUAUCGUUAUUAUAUA